AUGAGCAAACAGGAGGCCGACUGCUUCCGGCGCCACGCUGUACUGACUAAGUGCCCGGUGACUCCCCAGGAUAAGAACGUCGUCUCCGUAAAGGGCGGCUGCAUCGACGGCCUGGACUGGAAGACGGCCGUCCACAUCUGGACCAAGAAUGCCAUGGUGCCCAUCCCCGAGGGCGCGGAGAACCACCGCGAGGAAGCUGAGUACACGGACUACGGCGACCAGCAGGAGGCGCUCGAUCAGCCGACGGACCUGCGCGGGAGCGGAGGCACUCCGGCAGGGGCGGUAUCGGUUGAUGGGCGGUGUGAGUUGAGCGGGACGCUGAAAGCCAUUGUUCACUGA